UCCUGCCUCUUGCAUCAGCAUCAGAAUGGAGGCCGGUGAGACUUCCCAGUACAGCAAGUUCCUUGGUUUAUCCACUGAAAGUAGAAUGAAGGCUUUGAAUGAUCACCUUGCUGGGCGGAGUUAUAUCGGUGGCUUCACAUUCUCACAAGCUGACGUGGAAGUAUUCCGGUCACUUCCGAAACCACCUCUUGAUCAAUACUUCCAUGUGGUGCGAUGGUACAGGCACAUUGCAGCAAUUUGGGACUGCACCCAAGAUGAUGCCAAGACCUGUGAACUCCACACAUCUAAAGCAAAAAGAACCCAACCACCAUGGGCGCCACCAUCAAAAGUGAAACAGCCUGAGCUACAACUGUAUAACAGUUUGACACGUAGAAAGGAGAUAUUUCAUCCCCAGAAUGGGAAGCGUGUGUUGUGGUACUGCUGUGGGCCCACAGUUUAUGAUGCUUCACACAUGGGACAUGCCAGGUCCUACAUCUCCUUCGAUAUCCUGCGACGAAUUCUAAUGAACUACUUCAAAUAUGAUGUAUUCUACUGUAUGAACAUCACAGAUGUGGAUGACAAGAUUAUCAAGCGAGCCCGACAGAAUCACUUAUUUGAACAGUACAAGGAGAAAAAUGUAUUUCCUACACAACUUCUACAGGAUACCAGGACUGCUCUGAAGUCUUUCUCUGUGAAACUUGCUGAAACCACUGACCCAGACAAGAAGCAGAUGCUGCAGAGAGUUAAUCAAGCAGUUGAGUCAUCCGUCAAAUCCCUGGAAGAAGCAAUGCAACAAGCGCUUUCCAAUGGGGAGAUUACCAAGCGAGCUAAGGUGCUGCUGGAUGAUUCAAAGGAUAUGUUGUCUGAUUGGCUAGAUGUUCAAUUUGGUAGUCAGGUGACUGACAAUUCCAUCUUUUCUACUCUUCCUAAGUACUGGGAGGGAGAAUAUCACAAAGACAUGGCUGUGCUUAAUGUUUUGCCUGCAGAUGUUUUAACUCGAGUGAGUGAGUAUAUUCCUGAGAUUGUGCAGUUUGUUAAGCAGGUGGUUGAUAAUGGUUAUGGAUAUGUCUCCAAUGGUUCGGUAUACUUUGACACGGUGAAAUUUGACAGCAGUGAGAAGCAUUCAUAUGCCAAAUUGGUGCCUGAGGCUGUUGGAGACCAGAAAGCACUGCAUGAAGGAGAAGGUGACCUUAGUAUUUCAGCUGAUCGAUUAAGUGAGAAGCACUCUCCCAAUGAUUUUGCACUGUGGAAAGCCUCCAAGCCUGGAGAACCAUCUUGGGAUUCGCCCUGGGGAAAGGGCCGCCCUGGGUGGCACAUUGAAUGCUCGGCGAUGGCUGGGAGCAUCCUAGGAGAGUCCAUGGACAUCCAUGGUGGAGGAUUUGACCUGCGAUUCCCUCAUCAUGACAAUGAAUUGGCCCAGUCUGAGGCUUAUUUUGAAAAUGACCACUGGGUUCGAUACUUCCUCCAUACUGGACACCUGACCAUAGCAGGUUGCAAGAUGUCAAAAUCUUUAAAAAAUUUUAUAACCAUCAAAGACGCACUGAAUGCAAAUACAGGUCGACAGCUGCGUUUGGCGUUUCUCAUGCACUCCUGGAAGGACACACUGGAUUAUUCCAGCAAUACCAUGGAGUCAGCUGUUCAGUAUGAAAAGUUCUUAAAUGAGUUCUUCUUGAAUGUGAAGGAUAUUUUGCGGAGCCCCACAGAUACAACAGGACAGUUUGAGAGGUGGCAAGAGCAGGAGUUAACACUCAAUAACCGCUUUUAUGAGAAGAAAGCAGCUGUGCACAGGGCACUGUGUGAUAACAUUGACACCCGUGCUGUUAUGGAAGAGCUGCGUUCCCUUGUGAGUCAAUGUAACACAUACAUUGCAGCAAAGAAAAGCAACAAACAGUUACCGAAUCGGAUGCUGUUGAGGAACGUCGCAUUGUAUCUUACCGAGAUGCUGAAGAUUUUUGGAGCAAUAGAGGGUGAAGAACCAAUUGGAUUCCCUGUUGGAGGAGGCAGCGAGAAUUUAAAUUUGGAAGCCACCAUCAUGCCCUACCUGAAGGUACUAUCAGAUUUUCGUGAGAAUGUGCGACAAAUUGCCCGUGAGAAGAAAGCGAGUGAGGUUCUCCAGCUGUGUGAUGACCUUCGAGAUGACAUCCUUCCAGAGCUUGGAGUUCGUUUUGAAGACCAUGAAGGAUUACCUACUGUGGUGAAAUUUGUGGACCGAGAGACAUUGCUGAGGGAGAGAGAAGAGAAGAAAAGGAUUGAAGAAGAGAAAAAGAGGAAGAAGGAAGAAGCAGCCCAGAAAAAACGAGAACAGGAGGCAGCAAAACUGGCCAAGAUGAAGAUCCCUCCCAGUGAACUGUUCAGAUCAGAAAAAGACAAAUAUUCCAAAUUUGAUGAGAAUGGGUUUCCAACUCAUGAUGCUGAGGGCAAAGAGCUUAGCAAGGGUCAGACCAAGAAGCUUCGAAAACUUUAUGAAGUCCAAGAGGAACGGUAUAAUGAGUAUAUGCAGACUUUGCAGAAUAGCAGCACCAACUAAAUGUUUUACAGUGACUUCGUGUAUAUCUGAUAAUCGAAAGAAACAACAGAAGAAAUGACAGAAACAUGAUUUUUUUUUAAAAAUCGACAUUCUGUAAAUGAAUAAAGAGAGACUUUCUUACUUUUGACCAUAUCAAAUGAACUAAUGGAAGAAAGUGAACAGAGACUCUGAAGAGCGCAAUUUCCUCUUGUUCAACAUUGUUCAAACUAUGUGAUUAAGGGUCUCGAUGGCUUUGCCUUUCACCUUUGGGACUUGCAUGCAAAUAUAUCCUAGGUUGAAAAUAUGGAAAUUACUUCAGUCUAACUAUGAUUAAUUUUGGGCAGUCUAAGUUCAAUUUAAUUCAGUGCCCAGUAACAGCUCAGUUGAGAGUAACUGUCAAUAUCACAUUGUUGGUGUAGAGAAGUAGUGUUCUUGGGAGUGAAUGAUUUAGGAAAAAUGACUAAAAUGCAAAGGAUUUAAUUCUGAGCAACAAUAUCCUUCAAUCUGUGCAAAAUUCAAAAAAUACAAAUUUUGGCUCUUUAGCUGUUUGCUGGUUUCAAACGGUCAUUUAUUCGUUCCAAUUCCAAACCAUGUCAUUGAAUGGAGCAGUUUGAGGGAGAACAUGUAAAUGGUUUGAUAUUUUCUGUCUUCUCUUUUAAUAGGCAUGAUAAAUCAGUUUCUGUCCACCAAUUAUAUAUUUUGCUGCAAUUUUAAUUAAUGUUCCUUUGCUUAAUAAAUUAACCUUUGGGCUCUGG